UGAUCCCGAGCAGAGAAGCAGAAUCAUGGCCAGAACCAAGCAGACCGCCCGUAAAUCCACCGGAGGCAAAGCCCCCAGGAAGCAGCUGGCCACCAAGGCAGCCAGGAAGAGCGCUCCGGCUACCGGCGGCGUGAAGAAGCCUCACCGCUACAGGCCCGGUACCGUGGCUCUGAGGGAGAUCCGUCGCUACCAGAAGUCGACGGAGCUGCUGAUCCGCAAGCUGCCCUUCCAGCGUCUGGUCCGAGAGAUCGCUCAGGACUUCAAGACCGACCUGCGCUUCCAGAGCUCCGCCGUCAUGGCUCUGCAGGAGGCCAGCGAGGCCUACCUGGUGGGUCUGUUCGAGGACACCAACCUGUGCGCCAUCCACGCCAAGAGGGUCACCAUCAUGCCCAAAGACAUCCAGCUGGCCCGCCGCAUCCGCGGAGAGAGAGCUUAGAGGCUGCAGCUCCAACAAACACACAACGGCUCUUUUAAGAGCCACACACACCCAGUUUAACAGCUCUAGUUCCUCAUUUUUUUAACACAAUGUCUAAAUUAAUACCACAACAUCUGCUUUUUAUCAUUUUAUUGCUAGACAAAGCUAUUUUCUAGUUAACUGAACUACAUAAAAAUGCAGCUCUUGAGUAUAGAAGGUUUUUAGUUCAUUUCUCACAAUUUUUUUUCAGGACCCAAAAUUCAGCAGCACUAAAGGAGCUUGUGAGUAAUUUCAUCAUUCAUAUCAGAAUGAUGAGAUAUUCAGAUAUCUCAUAAACUGAAUACCUCAGAUUAUGAGAACUUGUCAAAAUAUCAGCUAUUUUGACAAGUAACCAAGUUUGAUAUAGAAUAUUAAAUAUGGCUGUGACUCUUACAUUGACCAAUCUGAUGCCGUCUGAAAUAUCUCGACACAUUUUGACACUCAAAAUGUGUCCGAAGAUUUUUAAUUAGCAUUUUUACGCUUCAAAAUGAAAAUGUCUUUGAGUUUCUGCUCAAGAUGGUCGAUGUCUAAUUUAAAAAUCUAAAUCCAAUAAUUAGAAAGCUAAACUGACUGGACACAAUGAAACGUCUUUAAACACUCUAAUGGUUCAGUGACUUUAGCUUAGCAUGUGUGUAUGGACUUUUAUCGCAUUUAAUAGUUUAUACAGCUUUGUUUAAGUAAAACUACAGAUAUUAGUUAACUAGUGGCUAAAUAUGCUGCAUGUCUUUUGACAUGAUUGUUUCUAUGGUUCCAUAUAGUAACUCAAGCUCAGAGGCCAGAGGAAUCAGGGAAACUAAUUUACCAGUAAUAUUUAACAGUAUAAAAAAAAAGGAAAAUCUCAAGCCCAUGUUUUUUAUUUAUUUUUUUUUAACAUCUCAAACAUUGUUACAUUUAUUUCCCUACAUUUCCCUUUAACUUUAAUAUGUUUAAUCACACACACAUUACUUGUAGACUUAAAGUCAACAUAAUAUAAAAUGAUU